UUUAAUUCAAAAAGUUUCCUCGUCUCUCUCUCUCUCUCUCUCUCUUUCUAUUUUUAUCUUUUUCCCAUUAGAUUGGUCCGUCCGGUUGAUCGCCGGAAAUCCACCGCCGUUAGAGCAGCUGCCAACAUUCCGGCUAUCUGCUUUUUCUGACGGUUGAUUCCGAAUUUUUGAUCAAUUAAUGGUGACAAGAAUCCAAUCAUUUCCGGAAAAAAAUUUCAAAAAAAUCAUUUUAGAAAUCCCCGUUCCCCUUCUCUAAUCUAAAUUUUGUACCUCAUUCCAUAUCCAUAUAUAUUUUUUGAAUUUGUUUCGUAGGGGCAAUUAUUCCAUGCAUUCCGAUCCAUUGAAACCUCAAAAUCACAGCCGUCGAGUUCCUAAUCCCUAGCUCGAGUAGUCAACCUAAUCCUUGUUAGGUUUUAAAUUUUUUUAAAAUUUUUGGGGUCAGAAUGUUCAAGAAAAUUAUCAAAGGAAGCCGGAAGCAUUCUAAAUCGGACUCAACGGAUGCUAGUUCCCGUCCACCACGUUCCGGCAAUACCGGGUUGGAUCUAAACCCUAAUUUGGUCGUCAACCACGCUUCCCGGCCCGGGCAGGGGGCACCAACAAGCACAAAUUCCAGCAGCCCUGUGGUCCCACCACCGAUGAGCGCCGUCGAACCCUUGCCGUUAUUACGAGACACCCCCGUUUCGGAGAGACAAAACCUAUUCAUGCGAAAAUUACAGAUUUGUUGCUUCCUAUUUGAUUUCACCGAUGUCUUGAAAUCGGCCCGAGAAAAAGAAAUCAAGCGGCAAACGUUGCUGGAACUCGUCGAUUAUAUUCAGUCCGGGUCUGGCAAAAUCACGGAGAUUUGCCAGGAAGAGAUGAUUAAAAUGGUCGGAAUCAACAUUUUUCGGUCCCUACCUCCGGCGUCUCACGAAAAUACUGGGCAAGGUGCCUCGGAUCCUGAAGAAGAGGAACCCUAUUUGGAUCCCACGUGGCCACAUUUACAGAUAGUAUACGAGCUUCUCUUGAGAUAUGUUGUGUCCUCGGAUACCGAUACUAAAGUUGCAAAGAAAUAUAUUGAUCAUUCCUUCAUUUUGAAGUUGCUUGAUUUGUUUGAUUCGGAGGAUCCCAGGGAAAGGGAGUUUUUGAAAACGAUUCUUCAUAGGAUUUAUGGUAAAUUCAUGGUGCAUCGACCAUUCAUUAGGAAGGCGAUAAAUAAUAUCUUUUAUAGGUUUAUAUAUGAAACAGAGAGGCAUAGUGGGACCGGGGAGCUUCUGGAGAUUCUAGGGAGCAUCAUUAAUGGGUUCGCAUUGCCUAUGAAAGAGGAACACAAGUUGUUCCUUGUGAGAGCGUUGAUUCCUUUGCAUAAGCCGAAACCUAUUGCCAUGUAUCAUCAGCAGUUGUCUUAUUGUAUUAUACAGUUUGUUGAGAAGGAUUAUAAGCUAGCUGAUACGGUUAUUAGAGGGUUGUUGAAGUAUUGGCCUUUGACUAAUUGUCAGAAGGAAGUUCUCUUCCUCGGGGAACUUGAGGAAGUACUUGAAGCAACACAGUCUGCAGAGUUCCAACGAUGUAUGGUUCCGCUUUUCAGACAGAUUGCACGUUGCCUCAAUAGCUUACAUUUCCAGGUUGCAGAAAGAGCCCUCUUCUUGUGGAAUAAUGAACACAUUGUGAACUUAAUUGCCAUGAAUCGGCAGGUGAUAUUACCAAUCAUAUUUGAGGCAUUGGAGAGGAAUAUCCAUGGUCAUUGGAAUCAGGCAGUUCAUGGGUUGACCAUGAAUGUGCGGAAGAUGUUCAUGGAAAUGGAUGCUGAUUUGUUUGAUGAGUGUCAGAGAGAGUUUGCUGAGAAAGAAGCCAGAGCUCAAGAGGUGGAAGAGCAAAGAGAAAUGACAUGGAAAAAACUGGCAGAUUUGGCAGCGGAGAGAGGAGACAAUAUGGUAACAGUGUAACUGAUUAAUGAAGUAAUUCGUUUUGGGAUAGUGGCUCUGCUGCAGUUCCCUUCUCCAUUUUGGUGGUAUUCUUUUUCUUUUGCCCCCUAACUUCAUUUCUAUUUUAUUUUUGUUGUCAAUCUGAUCAAUGAAGACAUUUAAAAUGCAUGGAGUUUGUUAGUUCAUGCUGAAGAUUAAGAACCAUCUGUGAGGAACGACUUGUAUUUUUUUUCCUUGUCACUCUUUGUUCUUCCUACAAAAGAAGUAUCAGACUUUUAGUUUGUAUUCAUAGUAUUACAUGAAAUUUCAUUCUUUGAGAUAAAAUUAGGAUCAAAUUAUUGAAA